AUGGUCCACUGCCCCAUCCUCCUUGAUAACAACCCAGUUUUUAGCAGAGGAAAAAGGCUCUUUAAAUUUAAGGCUCAAUGGGCUAAAGACUCUUCCUGCUUUGAGGUGAUUUCAAAUUGUUUAAGGAGCAACCUAAAUAGCUCUUACUUAAGCCAAUGGUCCCGUAAUUUGACUCACUGUAAAAAUGGUCUCAAUUUGUGGAGUAAGGAUCGCCAUACUAAUAACAAGGCCCAUAUCAAGCAGCUUCUCGACUCUCUAGAGGCAAACAAAUCUGCCCUUCCUCUUGGGGUCUUUAAUGUGAUUGUUGAUUUUAUUCAAAGUAAGCUGGCCCAGCUUUGGAAGAAUGAAGUGCUUUACUGGAGUCAAAGGCAACAAAAUAGGGUGCUCAAAAUCAAGAAUGAGCAUGGCGAGUGGUUAUCUAGAGAAAAGAGGGUCCAUGAGGAGUUCUACAAUUAUUUUACCAAUCUCUUUUCCUCGGAUGGCCCUAGAGACUGGGGUAACAUCUUAGAUGCCAUCCCGCAGCUGGUUAGCCCAGAAAUAAACCGUAAUCUCGUGGCCCCUUUUUUGGAGAUGGAAAUUCAGGAGGCUGUUGAUCAAUUGGGAGCACUUAAAGCUCCCGGGCCUGAUGGUUUCCCAGCCUUGUUUUAUCAAAGGUACUGGCUAAUUGCCAAAUUCGUUAUUCUAGGUACUGCUAAUGAGUUUGCAGGUGGGAACCUCUCUCUUCAUGAUCUCAAUGUCCUGUUGAAUGGGAAGCCUGGGCCUCCUUUCAAACCUUCCAGGGGCCUAAGGCAGGGUGAUCCCAUCUCCCCGGCCGCUAAUGUUGCAAACUGUGCGAAGCUCAAAGUGGCAUUAGAAAAGUAUUGCUUUGCUUCGGGUCAACCAAUCAAUUUUGAGAAAUCAAGCUUAGUGUUCAGCUCUAAUACCCCUGCAUCGACCAGAGAGGCUAUCGGCUCACUCUCUGCUAUUCAAUGUGCAUCCGAUCAUGGCUCUUACCUUGGUCUUCCUUCUGCUUGGGGGAGGUCCAAAAAGAGUGCAAUGAGCUUCAUUCGAGACAAAUGGAGCAGCCCUGAUAAAGACUCUCAAAUUCACUGGAAAUCUUGGAAUGCUCUAUGCCUUGCCAAAAGAGAUGGUGGGCUUGGCUUUAAGGACCUCGCUGACUUUAAUCUAGCCUUGCUUACCAAGCAAUGUUGGAGAAUCCUAUUGAAUCCUAAUUCCUUGUGGGUUAAAAUGAUGAAAGGGCGCUACUUCCUCGAUUGUGACUUCUUAAAAGCGGUGCUGGGCUCUUGGCCUUCUUGGAUUUGGUCUAGCUUGAUUGAUGGGAGAGACUUCAUCCUUAGCCAUGCCCGUAAACUAGUUUUAUCUGGAGCUCAUACUAGUAUUUGGAAAGAUAAUUGGGUUCAUGGUAAUGGAAUCAUUCGUCAUGUUGCUCCCGUUGAGCCGUUCGCACCACAACUGGCUUGUGAUAUUAUGGACCCUGAGAGUAACUCCUAG